AUGCUGUUCGACCGGCGUGAAAAUUCGGUAAAUAUCACGGGAUAUCGUGUACAGGUACUGCACCUGCUGCACUCGGCGACAACAAUAAAAUAUGUACGUGUCGUCAGACAAUGGCAAGUGGCAACGGACGUUGUUGUGUGCGUACCCGGUCCUGGCGUUAUUUUCGUUUUGGACGAACCGGCGGUGGCGGCGGCGACGGACGUAAAUUCCUGCGCAUCCUCGUCUCGGGGUUCUCCCGGAACUGGUUACUUUAUCCCAACGAUAUUUGCUGUUCUUUAUGUUCGAAAAUCGUACGGUUCCGCCGCACCCAGUACAACAUCACCAUUGUCUGUACACGGUUUCUUUGCGACGUUGCCGCCGUCGUGA